CCCUUGAAGGCCAGGCAGAGGGCAAGACGGCGGCAGGCUCGGAAGGCAGCAGGGAGGCCUGUGAUCCCCUAUCGGCUCCCCGACCGCUUCUUCCCCUGCAGGGAGAACGGCGGCGGCGGCCUCAGGGAUUCCUGACCCGACAGAGCUCCCCCGAACAGGUGCGCGCCAGCUUUCGGAAGAGAAUGACCCCCAAGGCACUCCGGCUGGCCAUUGUCUUUGGACUCUUGGCCUUGACGCUCCCCUGUCGUGCUGAUGACAAACCUCCCGAUGCUGGAAAGGAACCAAGCGAAGGCCUCCCCCAGAUCCUGCACUUGCUAGGCACCAGGAUCAUCGAGUCAGCGGUGGACUACCUUCUCACAGCCAUGAUUAGACGAAGCGGACGUAUGGACUGGGAAGAAAAAUCAGCUGAACACCCAACCAGCUAGCUGGUGGCUCCGCAGGUGACUGCACUGAUUAAACCCGGAAACACAGUUGAUGGGAUCAGGGAGGUGUGAAGUCUUCACAUUCCUUCUAAUGGGCUGUGUACAUUAAAGAUGGAUGAUUCCAACAGA